AUGGCGACCGCCACGACUGCGCGCCCGUCAAAUCCUUUGCGCGCGCGCCGCGACGGUCCUCGACUCAACCAUGUCUCCACCAAGCGAGCCGCGACCACCGACACCAACGGCGAUACGAGUACCAAGAGACGGAAGCUCGAAGAGCCAUAUGUCAAGACACAGGAUUUCUAUCUGAAGAAGUUCGCCGGGAGGCCGCCCUCUCUCGUUGUGCACCUCCACCAAAACUACUUCAAGUUCGACGGCCAGGAUGGCAGCUUUCCAUUGGACUCCCCCAUGCGGUUCUUCCUCACCCACCUCAGGAACAAGACUGUUCCGCACCAGAUGCUGGAGGAGCUGUUCGUGAACAAUGUUCCAUUCUACGAUGGAUGUCUCAUUGUUGAGGUGCACAACCAUCGUCAAGAGAAUGGCAAGGACCGAGCGCGCAGCGAGACUGCAGCUGGCGAUCAAGUCAGAUACUCCAUGCACAACUACACGAGCUAUAUUACACCAUCACCAUUUGCGCCAUACCCCAAAAAGGCCGCGGAAACAGAAGCGGCGGACAAGGUCGAGGCAGAGUUGGCGGAGAGUUCGGAGAAGAGCAAGGCAAAAGGAAAAGGCAACGAGGGCCCGCAUAUUGUUACCCUGGUCCUGGAGCCGACAGAACUGUCGCGGCAUGCUGAGAUUGAGAUUUUGGCGCGGACGCCGGCUUCGGAAAUGAGAAGUGCAAAAAGGAGUGCAGAUGGGGCAACACCUUCAGGUGGACAACCACCGACACCACACCUUUCUGUACCUCCAACACCUCUCAUCGGCGCAAAUCGAUCGUCUCCUGGUCAGGAGAAUAAGAUGUGUCUUGAGCCGGAGGACUUGUAUCAGUUCCAGGCAGAGGUCCUCCUUAUGACGGAGGCACCUCUCUUGUUGGAACCUUUAAACAACCAUAAGGCGUUGGAUGUGCUUGCUCACCCACUGCACAGCGCCGUACCGCCGUCACCGAAGACUCGAAAGAGGACCACAGCAGAGAUGGCGGCGGACGAUGCCCAAGCUGCAGAGGCAGAGCGGAGAAUGCUGAUCAUGGACGAGCGAGUCAAGCCAUCCGCCCGAUCGGGUGCCGGCACCAACACCGGCGACAAUGCAGGCGCUGCAUCGACUCUUGGAUUUUCGAGGUUCAAGACGCUGACGAUGGUCCGUGAGAGGCUGGAAGAACAGGAGAGAGUGAAGAAGGAUGAAGAAGCGCAGGCCGCCGCCCAACGGAAGGCCCAAGAGGAAGCGCACGCGGCGCAGCAACAGAAGAUGGUAGCGCAGCAAGAGCAUUCCCGCAAGCUGAUGAACCAACGGCAACAACUCGCUCGACAACAACAACAGCAGCAGGACCAGCGUAAUCAACAGGCCCUCCACGCCCAGCAGGCUGCGAUGAUGGCUCAACAUGCACAGAACCACCCUCAGCAGAAUGCCAUGAUGAUGAACCAGCAGCAGCUCAACUUCCAGCAACAGCAACAAGCGGCAAUGGCGCAGGCGAGCCCUGUUGUGCGAAAUCAUACGCCGAUGAUGCAGAACUCCUCCCCAAUGAUGCAGCAGAACGGGUUCCCAAUGACAGCCACUUCCAGCCAGCAGGGUAUUGGCAGUCCUCAGCGACCGACGUCUGCUGCGAUACCCAAUGGCAAUCUCAUGGCAAGGCAAGUGAGCCAACAGCAACAUGCUAGUCGGAAUGGAACGCCACAGAUGCAGCAAGGUACUCCUAAUAUGGCGAAUGUCAUGCCGAACGGAACUAGGCAGGUCUCUCAAACGCCGCGUAUGCCACUCGCAAGUCCAGGCCCGGGCACGCCUGGCGGUGUGAAUAUGCAGACUCCCCAGCAAGCGGGCAUGACUCCGGAACAAUGGACCAUGCUUCAAGCUCAGCAACGACACAUGGCGGCGAGUCAAGGCGGCGCCAUGCAGGCGGGAUCUCCUGGUCAGAAUGUUGGUCAAAUGGCAAUGACAGCCGAGCAGAUUCAAAAUAUCCGUCAACAACAUGCUAUGCGGCAGCAGCAGUUGAUGGCUCAGGCUCAGGCCGCAGGUCAGAUGAAUCCGAACGACCCUCGUAAUGCUGCGAUGAUAGCGCAGCGCCAGGCCAUGAUGGUGCAGCAACAGCAACAGAACCAAAUGAGGCAGCGCAUGUUGCAGCAACAACAGCAGCAACAACAGCAGCAGCAACAGCAAGGCAUGCCACAACAGCAGCUCAACCCAGGCCAAGCCGGCAGUCCUCAAGGCGUCAUGCAGGGCACACCCAACAUGAAUCAAGCCCAGCUCCAACAGAACGGCAAUGGCGCCGUCAAUGGCGAUGGCACCCAGGGACAGCCACAGCAGCAGUUGACGCCCCAACAGCAACAACACCGCGCGAUGCAAAUCCGCUCCGCUCAAGCUCAACUCCAGCAGCUCUCCGCCCAAUACAACGGCUACCAAAACAUCCCUCCAAACGUCAUCGCCGCUUUGCCACCCGCCGCACAAGGCCUCCUCCGCGGCCAACACGCCCGUCAACAAGCGGCUCGCACGCAAGCCAUGGCGAUGAAAGCCCAGCAAGCGCAGAGCGCAGGCCAGGCGGUCGUCGGUACCAGCGGUGGCAAUCCGGAGUACAUGGCGACGUUGAGGAAUCACCAGGCGUUUUUGGCGAUGCAGCAGGCUCAGCAGCAGAAUGGUAUGGCAAAUGGUGGGAUGGUCAAUGGCGCAGGGCAGCAGCAAUUCGGCGGUGGUAAUGGGCAGAAUGGAGAUCAGUUGGCGCCGCACUUUGCGGCGAUGCAGCAUUCUUUACAAAGGGGCAAUGGGCAGGGUGGGAAUAUGCAGACGCACUCGAUGGGCCUGUCAUCUGUUUUCGAAGUACGCUACAACGCUAGAACGGCGGCGUUCCUCCAUCAUGACGUGCUACUCCGGGACACCGUGAACGAUUCGGACGACUCGGACAACUAA